CGAGUCAGCACAAACUACAAAUCUUCCUCACACAUUUACCUCAGAUUAUAGGGGCCUUCCUGUCAUUUCAUCUUGAUGGAGUGUACGAAGAACUGGAGUUUCCUUCCAAUCUCAAGUCAGCAACAGCAAUAGCUAAUUAGCAACUCCAAAAAAUGAACUCUGCGUUCUCUCUCAAUCGACCAAAUAGCACUCACUCGCUGUCUCUGUUCCAAAACUACAGAAUCAAAAGCCUCAAAUCCAAACGUUUCAAGCUUCCAUUUCCUUCUUGUUUCGCUGUUUCGACAAGCCAUGACUAUAAUCGAAACGUUUUUUUUCCGCCGGGUUCUUUUCAAGCUCAACUCCGGCAUGACUCAGUUGCAUUCCGUAAAGUUUCACUUUCACGAGUUAGGGUUUCGUCGGACGACACUGGGUUAGGUUCGUUAGGCGAAGAUAGCGAGCCGGAGAAGCGGAGUUUUAGAGAGUUUAUAACUUCGGAGAGAAUCAAAGUGGUAGCUAUGCUUGCUUUGGCACUGGCGCUUUGUAAUGCCGAUCGUGUUGUGAUGUCGGUGGCAAUUGUUCCAUUGUCGUUUGCUCACGGAUGGAGCCGAUCCUUCUCCGGUAUUGUUCAGUCAUCUUUCCUGUGGGGAUACUUAGUUUCUCCAAUAGUAGGAGGGACUUUGGUGGAUUAUUAUGGUGGUAAAGUAGUCAUGGGAUGGGGUGUCGCGCUGUGGUCAUUAGCUACCUUUCUUACUCCCUUUGCUGCAGAAACUUCGUUAUGGGCUCUAAUGGCCAUGCGAGCUUUGCUUGGGGUGGCCGAAGGUGUUGCUCUUCCUUGCAUGAACAACAUGAUAGCAAGAUGGUUUCCAUCGACAGAACGUGCCAGAGCAGUUGGAAUUGCAAUGGCCGGAUUUCAGCUUGGAUGUGCAAUAGGACUCACUCUAUCCCCAAUCCUCAUGUCACGAGGUGGUAUAUUUGGGCCGUUUGUAAUUUUUGGACUAUCUGGAUUCCUUUGGGUUUUGGUUUGGUUAUCUGCAAUAUCAAGUACUCCCGACCGUAGUCCCCAGAUAUCAAAAUAUGAAUUGGAGUACAUUAUGAGCAAGAAGCAGAAAUCUUUCCUUGUGGAAAAUAAACCCAGGAUGGCCGGGGUAAUCCCUCCAUUCAGACGCUUGCUGUCUAAAAUGCCGACAUGGUCUCUUAUAGUUGCAAACUCCAUGCAUAGCUGGGGAUUUUUUGUUAUUCUUUCGUGGAUGCCUAUAUACUUUAAUACAGUAUUUCAUGUUGACCUGAAACAAGCUGCAUGGUUUAGUGCGGUUCCUUGGAGUUUGAUGGCAGUCAUGGGAUUCUUUGGUGGGCUGUGGUCAGACACGUUGAUACAGGGCGGUAUAAGUAUCACUUUGACUCGCAAGAUCAUGCAGUCAAUUGGUUUUAUGGGUCCUGGGAUUGCUUUUAUUGGUUUGACUACUGCAAAAAGUCCAUCUAUUGCAUCUGCUUGGCUUUCUUUAGCUGUUGCACUGAAAGCUUUUAGUCACUCGGGUUUUCUUGUGAACUUUCAGGAGAUUGCUCCCCAAUAUACUGGUGUUUUACAUGGAAUCUCAAACACUGCUGGAACUUUAGCAGCCAUUGUUGGGACAGUUGGAGCUGGUUUUUUUGUUGAAUUGGUGGGAUCAUUCCAAGGAUUUCUAUUGCUUACAUCAUGCUUAUAUUUUCUCUCUGCAUUGUUCUACAUCGUUUUUUCUACUGGAGAAAGGGUGAAUUUUGACUGAACUGUAACCCGAAGAAGUUGUACCUCUGAAAGUAUCAUUCAAGAAUGGACUGUGUAGAGUUUACAAUUGCAGCUAAGUGAAGCUGUGUUCUUCAAGGCAGUAGAGAAGUCUGACUGCAAUAAUUCCCCUGCUCUAGAUGGGAUACUAUUAUGUAUGAAAUUGAAGAAAUGUACAGUGUGUAUUCUUGUCGUCCCUCAAGUGUAAAGUUCGAAGUGGCAAUAUAUAUUGAGCCCAUAAAAUUCAAACAAAAAAGGAAAAUAAUUAAUUAAAAUAAAAUAAACCUAAACUACUAAAUUUCUUUUUUAUUUA